CUGUUUGUCACAUUUUCACUUUGGUUGACGUAAUGGAUAAAAGGGAAAAUGAAUGACAAAAGUAAUCGCGUUCCCAUUGAAAAGCACAUUGUGCAGUAGUAUAUUUUAGUUACGAGUUACGUAAAAACAACGUGGUGCAAUGUCUAUCAGUCAUUAAAAAUUUUCGUAAUAAGAAAAAUUAUUUAAAAAUUCCCAAAAAAAUGUGAAUUUUUGUAUUAGCAACAAUAAUUGAGAUGUCAGCGAGAAAUAAAGCAAAUUACAACAUUGAUUGGGUUAUUCCUGGUUUACGAAAUUCUUCGAAAUUGUGGAAUAUAGCGGCCAGUAUUACGAUAGCUUGUGUCGGUUUAUUUAGUAAAAUUAUUAUACAAUGGUUUAAUAAAACAAAGGUGUACAAUCGUGAUAUACUACAAUACGCUUUAAACGAAAGACCAAAGAAUGUUCCGCUCAUCACAAUUUCAAAUCAUCAUUCCUGUUUCGAUGAUCCAGGAUUGUGGUCCACGUUAGAUGUAAAACACUUAGUGCAGAGGUCGGUUAUGCGAUGGUCUUUAGCUGCUAACGAUAUAUGCUUUACGUGCGCGUCACAUUCGUAUUUUUUUAUGUUAGGGAAAUGUAUACCUGUGAUAAGAGGGAAUGGGGUGUACCAGCAGGCCGUCGAUUUCUGUAUAGAACAGUUAGCAAAAGGGCAAUGGGUUCACAUAUUUCCCGAAGGUAAGGUGAAUUUAACGAAAGAACACAUGCGAUUAAAAUGGGGCGUUGGCAGAAUGAUAUACGAAGCGCCGGUAACUCCAAUCGUUAUUCCAAUAUGGCAUAUAGGUAUGGACGACGUUUUACCUAAUGUUCCUCCGUACAUGGUGCGGAUGGGCAAAAAUCUCACAUUUAACUAUGGAGAACCCUUAGACUUUUCUGGUCUUAUUAAGGAAUUAAAAGCUAGAAAGGCGACCGAUAUGGAAGCCCGUAAGGAAAUAACAGACUGUAUACAAAAAGCAUUGUCUAAGUUAAAGGAAGAAACGGAAGCACUACAUCACCAAUACUUCAAUUUAUACUCAUGAUAGUACCGAAAAAUUUAGUUUAAUUCCAGUCAAAAGUAUAAAUGUUUACAAUUCCCAUAUAGUAACUUGUGAUGUUAGCUGAAAAAACAAAAAAAAAACGUGUGCCCUUAUAAGAUAAUGUGUAUUACAUUUAACCAUAUCUAUUGAGAUGUUUAUAAAUGUUGACAUGUACAUUCAUUCCGACUAGCUCAAUUUUUUUUAUUCGUUCAUUAGAGAUUAAUGUUCCCAAUCCAUGUCAAGCUAUUUUAGUACCUAGACAAAUUUUGUACCCUAUUUUCCGAUACCUCUUUUUACAUCAAUGUGUAAAUGUAAGGUUUAACGAGUACAAUGAUGCCAAACCUACACAUUUAUCUUAUACUGUAUAUGAAUUUCGACUUUUUUACAUCUUAGCACAAAAGUGAGAAUUGUAUAAAAAAACCUUCCCAAGAGUUUAUGAAAUUGUUUACAAGAUUUCUAUUUUGUAUUGUACAUAGCUUAUUGUUGCGAAACUAUUUUAAUUGUUAAUUAUUAUUACGUAAGUUUUUGAUAUUUACAUCUUUUAUGGUUGUCCCUAUUGGAAAAUCGCACCCGAUUUGUUUAACAAGAAUUAUAAAUAGCAUUGUCCCACCGUUAUUGGUGUUUUUUUAUUGUGUUUUUCUCUUUACUUUAUCAUCCACAAGAACUAAAGAUUCUAAAAUUGUGGAAUAAAAGAUUAUAAAAUAAAUAACUUCUUUCAUUAAAAAGUUUAUAUAUUUCUUUUACUGUUACUGUUAUGACAUUUAUAUAUUUAAAUCUGUGAUUAUUAUCAUCCAUACUGUAGAUGACUAUGUGCAUUUACAAACAAAUUUUCCAUCAUUUUUAGUGAAAUUAUUACUUGUACCAUAGUGCCCAUUAUCAUCCUACUGCUAGCUAACAGAAAUAUCUUUGUUUUGAUACAUAUAUUUACUUACUAUUAAAAAAGUACAAUGAAUUUUUCUGGUCUGUAGUGUUGUGGCAAAAAUUAGUAUCUUUCCUGAUAUAAACCUAAUGCAAAAAUAUGUUUGCCCUUACUAGAAGCAUCUAUGGAAUUUCUACGAAAUAUAAUAUUAAUAAAUAAGAAGUGAUAUUGCGCAUGCGCACAUUAAUCGUCAAGAUUCUUGUCUCGGAUGCCACAGCUAUACGCUACCAAAUUCCAAAGAGUAGUUAUGGCCUUGAACGGACAGAAAAAGUGACUUUGUGAGAAAGGAGUAAAAUGUUUUAAU